CAUCUUUCUAUUUCUAAGAUCUGACUUUGUGUUUCUCGUUAUCUUUUUGUUCCACCCUCACCACCAACAACCACCACAAAAAUUGGAAAACAAUGGCUUUGGUAGAAGUUUUUCUGGGUGCGUUUAUGACUGUGUUGUUUGAGAGAUUGGCCUCUCACGAGUUGUUGAACUUUGCUCGCAGAGAAGGAAUUCAUGCCCAGUUGGAGAAAUUGAGCGUAAUGUUGAUGACAAUUCGAGCAGUGCUCAGUGAUGCAGAGGCUAAGCAGAUAACGGAGGAAGCUGUGAAAUUAUGGCUGAAUCGUCUCAGUGAUUUGGCUUACGAUUUGGAUGACCUACUGGACGAAAUUGCAACAGAAGCUUUGGCACAUGAAUUGAAGUCCGAGCCUGAAGAAGCUACCACAAGUAAGGUACGAAGAUUCAUCCCUACUUGUUGUACUAAUUUUCGUAGAUCUGUUUCGCUCAAAAUCAAGAUGGGCCCCAAGAUUGAGGAGAUCACUGCUAGAUUACAAGAUAUUGCAAAACUGAAAAAUGAUUUGGAUUUGAGAGUUAACCGAGAAGCAAUGUCAAACACAGAAACAAAGAGAUUGCCAACAAGUUGCUUGCCCAUUGAGCCCCAUGUUUACGGUCGGGAAGAUGAAAAAAAAGAAAUACUUGGACUGGUUUUUAGAGAUGAAGCAUGUAAUGAUGAACCAUGCAUCAUUCCAAUUGUUGGUAUGGGAGGUGUGGGCAAGACCACUCUAGCUCAAUUUGUGUACAAUGAUGAGAAAGUUGGGGAAUUCUUUGAUUUGAGAGCAUGGGUGUGUGUUUCUGAAGUGUUUGAUGUGUUCAUGAUAACCAGGAUUAUUCAUGAGGCAGUGACCAAGGAAAGAUGUGUCUUCAAGGACUUUAGCUUGUUGCAAGAGAGUCUCAAUAAGAAACUUUCUGGAAGAAAAUUUUUUAUUGUUUUAGAUGAUGUUUGGAAUCAAGACUACGAAAAAUGGGAUCUCCUCCGUGUUCCUUUUCGAGUUGGGCUACCUGGAAGUAAAAUUGUUGUUACAACUCGGAAUGAAGGUGUUGCAUCUAUCAUGGGUUCUGUUCCUGCUUACCGUUUAAAUGUGUUGGCAGAAAGUGAUUGUUUGUGUUUAUUAGCUCAACAUGCAUUGGGUACAAGAAAUUUUGAUGAUCAUCCAAAUUUGGGAGUAAUUGGCAAGGAUAUAGUGAAAAAGUGUGCACGUUUGCCUCUGGCAGCAAAGACAAUAGGAGGUCUUCUGCGUACUAAACAUAGCCCAAAGGAGUGGAAAGAUGUACUGAAUAGCAAAAUUUGGGAGUUAACUGAGCACAAGAGUGGCAUUCUUCCUGCACUAAGAUUGAGCUAUCAACAUCUCCCUUCUCAAUUAAAGCAAAUGUUUGCGUACUGUGCUGUAUUUCCAAAGGACUAUGAGUUUGACAAGGAUGAGUUAGUUUUGUUAUGGAUGGCGCAAGGGUUUUUGCAACAAUCAAAAGGAAUGGAGGAAAGCAUGGAAGAGUUAGGCGACAAAUGUUUCAGUGAGCUGUUAUCAAGGUCAUUCUUCCAACGUUCAGGUGGCACAGAAUCAAAAUUUGUGAUGCAUGAACUCUUGAAUGACCUAGCUCAAUAUGUUGCAGAAGAAAUAUGCUUUAGGUUGGAUGAUAAUAUGGAGAGCAAUGAACGGUGUAAGAUUUCUCAAAAAGCUCGCCACUCGUCAUUCAUUCGUCACAAAUAUGAGGUGUAUAAAAGAUUCAAGGCGUUUCAUGAACUUCAGAGGUUGCGGACUUUCAUACCGCUACCACUUUAUAAGUUAGAGUUUUGGAUCAAAUCCUAUUUAAGCAAUAGCAUUGUAGUCAACCUACUACCAAACUUACGAUGCUUAAGAGUCUUAUCUUUGAGUGGGUACGAAAUAAGUGAGCUACCCAACUCCAUUGGAGAUUUGAAAAAUCUCAGGUACCUUAAUUUGUCACAAACCUUGAUUAAAUGGUUGCCUGAAUCAGUGAAUACUCUCUACAAUUUACAAACAUUAUCGUUAAGAGGUUGUCGCUUCCUUUGUAAGUUGCCCACACACAUUGGAAAUUUGGUGAACCUGCGACAUCUUGACCUUCGAGAUACUCCAAAAUUGGAAGAGAUGCCCUCGGGGAUCGGUAGAUUGAAAUGUUUGCAAACAUUGCCAAAGAUUCUAGUUCGCAAAAAUAGUGGAUUUGGACUCAGAGAUUUGAAUAGCCUAUUGCUUCUAAGAGGGAUGCUUUCCGUUGUAGGGUUAGAAAAUGUUAUGGAUGUGCGGGAUGCAGAGGAUGCCAAUUUAAGUGGUAAGCAGUAUCUUAAUGAGUUAGAAUUUCAAUGGAAUAGUGACAUCGAAGAUACUCAACGGGAAGGACUACAAGUCAAUGUACUUGAUAUGUUGCGGCCACAUAGAGAAUUAAAAAGUCUUAAAAUUGAGUUAUACAAGGGCAUCACAUUUCCAAGUUGGAUUGGGGAUCUGUCAUUCUCUAAAACAAUGUACAUUAGUCUUGAAGGUUGUACAAAAUGCGAGUCUUUACCACCACUUGGCCAAUUACCCUUGCUCAAAGAACUAUACAUAAAAGACAUGCAUGCUGUAAAAAGUGUGGGUGCAGAGUUCUAUUGCAGUGGUAGCACUUUGGAGAUUCCAUUUCUAUCACUCGAGAUUCUACAAUUCAACAAGAUGCUAGAAUGGAAGGAAUGGUCUUUUUCCUAUGGUGUUGAUUUUAGAGGAUCUUUCCCUUGCCUUCGUGAGCUUACUAUACAAAAUUGUCCUAAACUGGUGGGUGUUCCACUCUUAAGACUUCUCUCUCUUUGCAAGUUAGAGAUAGAAAAUUGUGAUCAGGCAGUGUUGAAAAGUUUUACCCAAUUGCCGUCUCUAAGAAGAUUGAAAAUUAAGAAUGUUUCGGGAAUAAUUCAUCUGCAAACGGAGUUCACAAAUGGGUUGGUGUCACUUGAAGAUCUUGAAUUUUGGAAUUGUGCCGCGUUGGUGACUUUGUGGCAGAAUGGGAUUACACCAGAAAGCCUUUCCUGUUGCAAACGCGUAGCAGUCUGGCAUUGUCCUCUACUUGUGCAACUGUUAGAAGUAGAUCAAAUGCUACCUUGUAAUCUUGAACGUUUGCAAGUAGACUCUUGUGAAAAUCUGGAGAGGUUGCCUUAUGGACUAAAAAGCCAUACCUCUCUCAAGGAGGUGGAAAUCAGGAAGUGCCCAAAGCUUGUCUCUUUUCCAGAGGAGAGUCUCCCGCCCAUGCUUAGACGUCUUUGCAUUGUAGAAGCCGAUUCUCUGGAAUCCAUCCCUAAUUGCAUCACUCGUCUUGAAGUGUUGGAGCUCCGAAAAUGCUCGUCUCUGAGAUCCUUGCCGACAAACACUCCUCUCUCCGCGCUUAAGUCAGUUUCAAUCUGGGAUUGCAGGAAUUUGGAGUGGGUUAAAGAGACAGUCGAGCAGAGCAUCACGUCAGGAAGCUUUGGGAUCAGUAAUUGGCCCAAUUUGGGGAGUUUACGAGUAGGCCUGCGGGAAUUUGUAUGUGGGUUGAAUUAUCAAAUCGACCACUCACCCUCAGGAAGUGGUUUGCUCACUCCUAACCUAGUAAGUCUUUACAUCUCUGGGUUUGAAAAUCCCUUUUCCUUUCCUAGCCAGAGUCACAGCCUCAUAUUCCUUAAAUCGCUCAGUAUACGUGAUUGUAGAAGUUUGGAAUCCUUUCCUGGCUGGAAUUUCCCCCGCAACCUAGAAACCUUAUUUAUUUCUAAUUGCAGAGAACUUAAGCCUCUAUCAGAGUGGGGCUUGCAAAGACUCUCCUCUCUUCGGCGUUUCACCAUGGAACGUUUAUAUCCAGAGCUACUUUCCUUUCCAGACUCUUGUUUUCUUCCUCCUACUCUAACUAACCUCUAUAUUGAUGGAUUUUCUAAUCUCGAGUCUCUCUCUGAGGGGCUCCGAAACUUGACCUCUCUUGAGCAUCUGAAAAUCAACAAUUGCCCUAAGAUAAAGUCUCUCUCUGAGGGGCUCCAGAAUCUGACCUCUCUUGAGCAUCUGGAAAUCAAGAAAUGCCCUGAGUUGGGUUCCUUGCCGAAUGAAAGGAUACUUGACACACUUUCAAGCCUGGUCAUAACAAGAUGCCCACUUCUUGAAGAACGGUGUUACAAGGAGAAAGGAGUUGAUUGGCCCAAGAUUGCUCACAUCCCCUGCGUUCGUAAUUCGUCUCUCAGUUGAAGAUGUCUAUUUUAAGGAGCAACUUUCUUACGUGCCAAACACAGAUGAGUUCGGUUUGACUUGUGCUUGUCAAAUGUUCUCUUGCCAUUUUUUAAGAGUGCACUAAUUGUUUGUAAUUUAAACAAGGGUAUGUAACUGCCAACUUUUUUCUGUUGUUUUUUUUGUUUUUGGUGAGAUUGCCAACUUGAUGUCGUUUUGGUAUCAAGUUUAACCAUGAAAUUGUUAUUCGAGAACUUAUGAUUUUGUACAUUUGUUCGAUGGAGAUUGUAAUUUGAUUGUUCCU